AUGUGGCGCAAGCGCCGCGGAUCGCUGGGUGGCGGCAAUGCAGCGCGCGAGUCACCCAGUCUAAUCAAUUCUCACUCACUUCUAAGCACACCUUCUUCGAUGUCUAUAACCAGUAGCAGUCCAUUUUUUGGCAGUGAUCCCAAUGCAAACGACCGCGCGCUUGUUUUCCGUGUCGAGGUACCGACGCCUGGACCGCUAGGAUUGGACUUACGGGCGCGACACAUUGAGCGAGACAAACCUCAACGCGGAGCUGUUGUCAAAGGCUUUCGUCCGCUAAAAGGAGACCUGCCAGGAUACGUCGAGUCAACGGGUCGUGUUAAAGUGGGGGAUAUUCUUCAGAUUCUCCACAAAACAGCUAUUGACGAUAUGCCGUUUGAACAAAUUGUUAAGCAUGCGAUGCAAUUACAACAAGAUCCGACAGCAUGGCCUCUAGCUAUGGAGUUUCGGCGCGAACCCGAAAAACACGAAGCAAAUCAUUCGACAUCCUCAAAGCCACGGCGCAACAGUUUUUUUCGGUCGUCUAUUUCAAUGUCGAAUCCUGUUCAGGAUGGCAAUUUUAAUGAGAAAUUGCAAUAUUUCCGUGAUUUUUUUGCGACACGAAUUCCGACUGGUGGUGCUACCCCAAAGGAAAAGGAAAAACCGCCUCGGCCACCAAAAUGGGACACGGUAGAUGAAAUGUACCGUGAAUUAAUGCUUAAACGUGGAGUUCCUGAAGACGUAAUGGAUGAAUUAAUUCGCAUAGAGUCACUGGAGACAAAGUGGCACGUGGUUUGGUAUGCACAACAGAACGAAAAUGAGGAACAUACCAAGUCGAAUGGAACCGAGGCGAAAAAAUUUGCAGAGAAUUUGGUCGAAUUGAAAUGGGAUAAUAAGGGUCUAAAGGAUCUUGAGGCUCUUCGAGCCAAAAUUGCAAUUGCGUCGACAGACUGGUUAGAGGCUUUUCUUGCUCAUUUCGGCUUGGACUAUCUUACGAUGAAACUUCCUGACCCGUCACCUUUUCCGAUCGAGACUUCCAAAUUUGAAAAGGCGACGCGAGUGUGCGAAGUCAUAUUACGAAUCUUGCGGUCGUUGACGCAUUUUACGGCAGGAGUCGAAGCGAUUACCAACACUCCAGGGCUAGUUAAACGUGUUGCCUUGUGUUUUCACACCGAAAACGGAGACUUGAAGAAGAACACGUUGCAAUUACUUGGCAUUCUGCUUGCGGGAUGCGCUCAAAUCGACCAGGCCAUUCGGCUGGAAGACCGACUUGCGAUUCGUUCCGACUUUAUGGCUCUCAAGAUGGCGGGCUAUUUUGAAGAAAUUCGUGCCAAGUCACUUGCUGUACAACGCACCAAGUACCCACUCGCGAGUUCUGCAGCUGGCACUUCACCCAACGAGGGAUUUUAUGGCCAUUCGUCCCCAAAUCCAGGCGCUCCGACAACUCCGUCACCGAUUCCGGCCAAGCACAUUGCAAGAAAUUUUCCUUCGCCUGUUUUAGGUGCUCGAUUGAGCGACUCACCCAUCAAAGGCCGGGAAAACUAUCCUGGAACCCCUGUCAGUAGCUUAGACACAUUAAGGACUCUUGGUGGAAGGCGAUCCUCUAUUAGUAAGAGCGUAGAUGAUUAUAGCGGUGGCCGCUUGUCAGCAAGCAAAAGUGCACCACCUUCGCCAAUUGAUAACGACUUGGCAGCUUUAUCUCCUGACGGAGUUAUUGCUCGCUCUUCACUUCCUUUGGACAACCGAAGUGGAGCUCGGUUUGCAAUCGGAGGCAAUAGCAUCAUUAGCAGCUCAGUGACGCAACUUCGAAACCAAUUGGACAACAUGGAGAAGCAGAUUGAUGUCUUUGAGCAAUUUAUGGAGGACGACCGGAAAGACACAAUUUAUGAGCAGACAGAUCUUGCGUCGUUAGAUAGUGUGUUUCGUUCCCUUUAUGAUAGUGUGACGAACGACCAUGAGCUUCAAGCGUGUUUUUUAUCGAUUCUACAGCAAUUGCUCUUUAUUCCUGGCGACCGUGUAAUCGGAAAAGAGUUGUGGGCAUUAUCCGAAAAGGUCAUGAAACAGAUUACGCUGUUGGCUCCAAUUGAAGAAGUGCACAAUUUUGAGCUGGGAUACGAUGAUCGUAAAACGUUGUUGAAGAUGCGGGACCGAUAUGCGCAGUUUUUGCAAAAGUGCGCAGACCAAGACCCCACUUUUCAAUUUCGAAUGGGUCCAAUCAUUUUGAUGGAAAACAAGGAUCGCGAUCACGAUGAGCUUGCACUAUCAGAUGCCACUGCGGACGAGACGGAUGAAGAAGAUACAACAGCGAAAGUCGCGGCUCAGGACCAUCCCGAUUUGAUGAAGUACUUUAAACUUUUAAAAAUGGGAAUGCCUUUGCAUCAGGUGCAACUCAAAAUGAGUAGCGAACUGCCAACGUUUGAUCCCUCGAUUCUGGAGACACCUGACGAGGUUAUACACCUGAAUAAAUCUGAUGAAGAUCUGGGCUCGAAAAAAGGCACGCGAGCUGAAGAUCAUGAGAAGUUUGCCAAGUUUUUCAAGCUGAAAAAGAUGGGAAUGCCCAUACCACAUAUUCAGCUCAAGAUGUCGGCGGAGGGACUUGACGGUUCGAUUUUGGAGACACCAGAUCUGCUGCUUGAUGAAGACGGAAAUGAGGUGAAAGAGGAUGCACAUGACACACAAUUUGCUGGGAUUCCGGUGAAGGAGCAUGAAAAAUUUGUGAAAUUUUUCAAGCUGCUCAAGAUGGGCAUGCCUCUGGAGCAUGUAAAAUCAAAAGCGUUGGCUGAGGGACUUGAUCCGUCGUUGCUGAGCACACCAGACCAGCUCCUAGACAAAGAAGGCAAGAUUUUCAUUGCUGAGCAGGGUAAGAUAAGGUUUAAAGGUAUCCCUGUGAAAGAGCAUGAGAAGUUUGCCAAGUUAUUUAAAUUAAUGAAGAUGGGUAUGCCUUUGGAACACGUCAAGAUGAAGGCAUUGAAUGAGGGUUUGGAUGCAGAACUCCUUUUGACACCGGAUGCUCUUUUAAAUGAAGACGGAUCUGUUUUUGUUGAAACAGCUAUACGAACUGGUAUCAAGGUCAAAGACCAUGUCAAAUUUGCCAAGUUUUUCAAGCUUAUGAAUAUGGGGAUGCCGGUAGAUCAGGUCAAAUUAAAGGCAUCUGCUGAAGGUUUGGAUUGCGAGUUGCUGGAUACUCCUGAUAAGCUUGUGGAUGAGGAUGGUAGAAAGGUGACAACCACAACCACUCAAUCGAAAGGGAUCCGAGUAAAGGAUCACGAAAAAUUCGCUAAGUUUUUUAAACUCUUAAAAAUGGGAAUGCUUUUGGAACAUGUAAAGGCAAAAAUUACUUCUGAGGGCCUUGAUGCGAAUUUGUUAGAUACACCUGACAAGCUCGUCGAUGAGGAAGGAAAUGAGAUCAAAGGUGAGACUCAAGUUUCAAAGCAAGUUCUCGUCAAGGAACAUCAAAGGUUUGCCAAACUUUUCAAGCUGUUAGAAAUGGGAAUGCCUCUGCCGCAAGUCAAGCUCAAAGCAACAGCAGAAGGAUUAAAUGGUGAUCUUCUUGAUACUCCUGACAAAUUAGUCGACGAAGAGGGGAAGGAGAUUAAGGCACGUAAUGAAAAGAAGGUGAAGGCGUGCGAACACCCACAUUAUGCCAAGUAUUUUAAGUUAUUGAAGAUGGGAAUGCCGCGUGCCCAGCUCGAGCUAAGAAUGACCACCGAAUCUUUGGAUCCAAAAUUAUUAGACACGCCGGAUACAUUAAUUCUGGAGGAUCUGUCUGCUGCAGUACUAACGACGGUGAAGGAACCUGUUGUAGCGGGGCCUCCAAAGCCAAAGCUUCGCAACUUGUAUUGGGAAGCGGUAAAGAGCGAGGAGACAUCUGGUACGAUUUGGGAACUUUUUGCGAAAGAAGAAGGGAACAAGUCGGAGGAGGAAGCUGCAGCACUGAUGUUUGCAAGAGCCAAGUCGAAACCGAUAGCUGUGAAAAAGGACGUGGUGUUGGACAAAUUUGUCAAUCAAUUGUCGGAUGUUUUUGUAAAUAAACCGUUAAAGGUGAAAGAGGCGGAAUCUAAGAAACCUUCUAAGCGUAGAGCUCCCACCCGCGUUGCGUUGAUCGAUGCCAAAAGAGCAAAUAAUAUAGGUAUAAUGUUGGCACGGUUCCGACUGCCGUAUUAUAAACUUCGAAACGCAGUGUUGCUUGUUGAUAAGGAGUUGCUCUCUGUCGAGCGUGUGUCGUCUCUUCUUCAAUUUGCUCCCGAAGACGAAGAACUUGAUGCUGUUCGGAAUUACACAGGAGAUCCGAAGCUUUUAGGCGAUGCUGAACAAUACUUUCGUGAGAUGGAGUGUGUGCCUCGAUUAACAACUCGUUUGCAGGCGAUUCAUGCAACAUGGCAGUUCGAUACUUACGUUGAGGAGCAGAGAAAAUUAAUGGCAUCUGUGUCGAAUGCGUGUGAAGAAUUGAAACAGUGUGAUCUGCUAAAAGAAAUUUUUCGUGUAGUGUUAUCACUUGGAAAUGCACUUAACGAUGGCACGGCUCGUGGUGGCGCAAAAGGGUUUAAACUCAACAUUUUGCUUAAAUUAAAUCAGGUGAAGGCAGCAGAUAAUUCAAUGAAUCUGCUCAACUACGUCGCAAAAGUGCUGCGUGCAAAAAAUCCAUUAAUUCUCGAGUUUGACAAGAGUUUGCCAUCCAUUGAGAGCGCAAGUCGUGUCACAAUCCAGAUGCUCAAGGCGGGAGAAAGCGCAGUUCGAAAAGCAGCAGAUGUUAUUGCAAACGAAUUGGAAGUGCACGCGAAAUUGCCUGUCAAGAAAUAUCCACAACUUGAUUCAGAUGAAGAGGUUUUGGAUCGUUUUCAAGAGGUGGUCAAACCAUUCGCUGAUCGUGCUAAACAAGCUUCGGAACAGAUAACAGAUGAUAUGGACGUGAUGAUGAAGCGUUUUGAGGAAACGGCAUCGUUUUAUGGUGAAGACCCAACCAGUCCGGAUUGUGGACCCGACGCCUUCUUUUCUAUCUUUUACUCGCUCGCCAAAGUACUUCAGUCUGCAGAUCGUGACAACGAACGCAAGCGUAUUGCAGAAGAGCGAAAAAUUCGCCGCGAGGAGGAGACAAAGAAGCGUCUUGAGCAACUCAAGCUUAAAAAGAAAAAGAGCACCUUUGCGACGUUGAAGACUGGUGAUGUGGAUGACAUUGUUUCAAAGAUUCGCGCCAAACGUGUUGAGGAAAAGCGACGCGAAAUGGGAAGUAUUAAAGUAAUUUCCUGGCAAAUGGAUGGGAAUGGGACACCUCCAGCCACACCGCCUUCACCUACAAGUCCCGCGCGGCCGGCGCCUCGUUAUCUAACACGCGAUGGGCCAACAUCUCUUGGUUCUCCCCCCACGGUAGUACCCACAGCGUCAACGCGUCACGACAGCCAUCCACUGUCUCCUUCGUCGCCCAUGUCGGCGUCCAUCUCAGCUUCGGCCAUUUCUGCGUCUGCUGUUUCUGCUACUGAUAUGCCCGGUCGCUAUGGAUUUGCUGAGAUGAGUGCGUCUAUAGACGCUACACCAGCGCCGCGGUACUUGAGCCGGUAUGGCGCCGAAGGUAAUGAUGCCACGACCGGACAGGAUGGUGACGAUGUGGAGGCAGAGCUGCGGCGCAUGGCCCAGCGCCAACUUCCGCGCGGUGACUUAGGCCGUCGCGAAUGGAGGAUUGAAAGCUUUCAAUCGCAACAAGAAACACAGGCGUCUAAUUCUGUCGGAAAUGGUUAUGGAGCACCGUCCUCUCCUGGCAGCAAUUCCAUGACGAGUAUUCACAGUAGCCGUUCCGGCAUGCCGACGCCAGCUCAGACAGCACUGCCACAGCCUCCAUCUUCGCCGCCAAAUUCGCCUCCUUCUAAAGCGUCUGCCUCAAUAUCUGCGUCAGCAUCAGCGUUUUCGCAGUUUCAGAGACAGCAGCAAGAAGAACAAAUGGCUUUCUCGGGAGCUGUUGUUUGGGGUACCAAUAUUAGUGUAUCGGAAAGUAUGGAGCUCUUUCGAGAAUUUUUGCACCAAUUUCGACAGGAUAAUAAUGGCGCACCGGACGAGCCGUAUUACCUGAAAGCGCUGCGCCAGCUGGCGCUGACUCAGUCGCUUGUGUUAGAUCUUGACACGCAGCACUUGAGACAGUUUCGCAGUGUACGGAAGCUCUACAAUCAAUUACUUCUGUUUCCUCAGGUACUCAUUCGCAUUCUCGAUAUGGUCGUUACAGAGGAGUAUCAGGCACUGCUGGCUACUUCAGUAGCAGAAGCUGCAGUUCUUGACAGCUUGACAAACGUUGCACUUCAGGUUAGACCUUACAACUUGCGUGAGGUCUCACCCAUGCGCCAUCUAAACCCAUCAGAUAUUGACCAGUUGGUAUGUUUAAAAGGAAUGGUCACUCGUUGUAGUGGUGUUCUACCGGAUCUGAAAGAAGCUUUUUUCCGUUGCGCCAUGUGUCAUGCAACGACACAAGUGGCUUUAGAUCGGGGUCGCAUCGAAGAACCCACAAGUUGUAUGCGAUGCCAGUCUCGAAUGAGUAUGGAAAUGAUUCACAACCGUUGUGCGUUCACAGACAAGCAAAUGAUAAAAAUGCAGGAGACCCCUGAUGCAAUACCUGAGGGUGAAACCCCUUAUACAGUGCUACUUUUUGCUUUCGACGACCUCGUAGAUGGCGUGCGACCAGGUGAUAAAGUCGAAGUGACCGGCAUUUAUCGUGCAGUGCCGAUGCGCUCGAACUCUCGUCAGCGCGUCGUGCGAUCUGUAUUUAAAACGUACGUAGAUGUUGUCCACUUUCGCCGCGUGGAUGAGCUCACCCGGCGUGACGAUGGCGAGUCUGGAGAAACUUUAGACUGUGUCACCCGGAAUAAUGGAGGGAAUGAGGGCGUUAUUGGCCCAGCAGAUAUCGAUAUAGACAUGCCAGACCCCUCGGAAGAACAGGAUGCUGCUGCGGCUGCAGAUGCACAACAAGCACGAAAGCUGGCAGCAUUUCAUCGAAUUGCAGCGCAUCCUCGAGUGUACGAAAAUCUGGCUCAUUCACUGGCACCAUCUAUAUGGGAGCUGGACGACGUCAAAAAAGGAAUCUUGUGCAUGCUGUUCGGCGGCACACGCAAAGAUGGAAGUACUGGUAGUGUAAACGAAGACAGUGGCGACUAUGAGCAUGGUGGCAUGGCACCCAAACGCAGGAGCAUGCGCUCCGAUAUGAAUGUGUUGCUAUGUGGUGACCCAGGCACAUCAAAGUCUCAGUUGCUGUCAUAUGUACACAAGCUUUCACCUAGAAGUAUCUAUACGUCAGGUAAAGGAAGUUCAGCCGUCGGUCUCACGGCGUCACUCAUCCGCGAUAUGGAAACGAACGACCUUGUGCUUGAGUCGGGUGCUUUGGUUCUGUCAGAUGAGGGAAUCUGCUGUAUUGAUGAGUUUGAUAAAAUGAGCGAGUCAGCACGCUCAGUACUUCAUGAAGUUAUGGAGCAGCAGACUGUAAGUAUUGCCAAGGCUGGCAUCAUUUGUUCACUGAACGCACGAGCCUCAAUUCUUGCGUCUGCAAACCCGAUCGAGUCGCGCUAUAACCCAAAUAAGUCAGUGGUGGAGAAUGUCAACAUUCUUCCUACUCUUCUCUCGCGUUUUGAUCUCAUUUAUCUCAUUCUCGAUAAGCCGCAACCCGAAUCAGACCGAAAACUUGCCAAACACAUUGUCGCAUUAUACUACGACGAAGAAACUCAAGCCCGUAUGCGAACUCAAACGCGAAACGGCGAGAGUGCGCCACAAUUAAUAAGUAUGAAGCUCCUGACCGAAUACAUUUCAUAUGCCAAACACAAUAUUUUUCCACGAUUAUCCGCUGAGGCUCGCGAUGGGCUUAUUCGUGCAUACAUGGAUCUUCGACGAAUGGGUGGCGCCAGUGCUGCAUCGGCAAAGAAGAAUAUUACAGCGACCCCACGACAGCUAGAGUCACUGAUUCGUAUUUCUGAAGCACUCGCAAAGCUCAAGUUAUGCAAAACUGUAUCUCGAAGUGAUGUCGAUGAAGCGCUGCGUCUGAUGAAUGUAGCUACCCAGCGUGCAGCGAUGGAUCCCCGGACGGGCACGAUUGAUAUGGAUAUGAUUAAUACGGGUCAUAGUGUGCUGGAGCGCGAGGUGCUAGCGGAUCUUGUUGCUGGAGUGAAAGAAAUUCUAAGUGAGACGCCAAACCAGUCGAUGACUGUUCAUGAAACUCGCCGACGCCUGGAAGAAAAACGCAAGAGCGAUGUGAAAGGUACUGAGUUCCAAAUGGCGCUUCGCUCAUUAGAAGAUGACAGUCUUGUGCAAGUAUCUCAUGGCAUGAUUCGUUUCUUUGGUGAUCCAGUAAAUUAA